AUGGACGAUAGACGAAAUAAUCGCGAGGUUGUAACAGUGUUAUUUCUGUGCCUCCUAUGGUACGUGGUGUCCAGCAGCAGCAAUGUCGUCGGCAAGAUGUUGCUAUCGGAAUUCCCAUAUCCGCUUACGGUGACCAUGGUACAAUUGACCUCGAUCACCGUCUACUCUAGCCCAUUCUUCAAUUUGUGGGGCGUAAGGAAGUACGCGUCCAACAUAACGUGGAGCUACUACAUGCGGCUCAUCGUGCCCUUAGCCCUGGGCAAGUUUGUCGCGAACGUGUUCAGCCACGUCAGCAUUUGGAAAGUACCCGUCUCUUACGCUCACACUGUGAAGGCUACAAUGCCUCUUUUCACGGUGGCUUUAUCAAGAAUAAUACUUCGGGAGCAGCAAACGUGGAAAGUGUAUUUGAGCCUUGUGCCAAUAGUCGGCGGCGUAGCCGUGGCCACACUGACGGAGCUUAGUUUCAACAUGAUCGGCUUGAUAAGCGCCUUAACAUCCACUAUGGCGUUUUCCUUGCAAAAUAUUUACUCAAAAAAGGUGCUACAUGACACAGGAAUACAUCACUUGCGGCUACUGCAUAUACUCGGCCGUCUAGCUCUAUUCAUGUUCUUACCAAUUUGGAUUGUGUACGAUUUACGCAGCUUGAUGUACGAAUCGAUUAUAAGACCGUCCAUAGAUAUAAGCUAUUAUAUAUUAGGGUUAUUAUUUCUAGAUGGUAUACUUAAUUGGUUUCAAAACAUUAUUGCGUUUUCCGUAUUGUCAAUCGUGACCCCUCUAACAUACGCAGUGGCAAGCGCUAGCAAGCGCAUAUUUGUGAUAGGAGUAACAUUACUCGUACUUGGCAAUCCAGUUACUUGGCUUAAUAUAUUUGGUAUGACCAUGGCCAUCUUAGGGGUAUUAUGUUACAAUAAGGCUAAGUACGAUCAGAGAAUAGAGAAGCAGAACCAAACGAUUCUUCCAAAAUAUUAUAAUGCUACACAGAACGGUAAUAGCAGUUCCUUUAUGGUAAAUGGAUUUGCCGGUAGACAUCAAUUAUAUGCAGUCUAGUCUCAAUUGAUAAUUCUAUUCUGACAAAUUUAUGUGAGUUUUCUGAAUCUGAAUCUGUAAAUGUAAAUUAAUUUUUACAAAUUAUCACGCACUAUUACAAAUUAUUACGAUAGUAAUAUCGACCAAAUACGAGGAAAGAACUCAUAUGAUGAUGAAUUUAUUUUUAACAUUAUUAUAUAUGUGUGCAGAUGUGCGCGCGUAUUUAACACACGUGCAUGCGCACUGGAGGAAUUGUUUUGUAUUCUGAAAAAGUAUCCGAACAUCUAAAUAUGAUAUCAAAAGUUAAACGUGUUUGAAAAAAAUGUUUUAAGUAAAAAUUUUACAGAGGAAAUAUAAUGCGAGCAAUAAAUAUUUUAUA